AUGGACCCCCGUCGUGGUGAGGUUGGAGGGAUGCGGCUUCGCGAGCUCCAGGGAGACAAGGCCCUGGCGCUCAACAACCACCACAACGCCUCCGACGCUGAUGACAAACGGCUUGGCCGCCCACCUAUCCCACCGGGAUUCAUAGCACGAUUUCCAUCAUUGUCUCCUAGACCUUCGGUCACUCGGCCCGGGAGGCUGGUGUUGCCGGGGGCAAGCCCAAAUACUCCUGGCAGUUUGGGAUGUGCUGGCCUUCAACCAACAAACGAAUAUCCCCCUAAGCUAUCUCCGCAUACCCUUGGCGAAGCUGCAAGCUGGCCUGAGCCAAGUGAAGCUAUCGGGGUAAGCAAAUUCGGGGGCCUUGGCCCUGCAAGAUCAGGCAUUCUUUCACCAGAGGCGCUACCAGCCACUUCACUCAGGCGCGCAAUCUCGCCUGGAUCAGACAAGCAUGAGACGAAGCUGGGUCUCGCAGAUGCCCUAUGUGCUGUCGCCGAAUCGUACCUGCAAACCGGCCUUCUCGAGCGGGGCAGUAGCACCUCUACGUUUACUGGUUAUCUUCUCGACACCAUUGAGCUUCUCUCCCAGAAGGUGGAAUAUCUGGAAGCUUCCGAUCAUCCCUACGACUCCGAUGAGUCCGGUUCCACAUCCACCAUAGAAGAUAAUGAUCAAGCUGAAGCGCCCAAGCCCGAAGCGACCGAGAUGGAGUCACUAGAGCCCGAACCACGCAUGCGGGUCCUGCACAGAAUAAUAUGCUCUAACAUGAGUCACAGGUAUAGCGGCGAGAUCUUCGAAGACAAACCCGGGUUCUGGAAGGUCGACGCAAUGCUGCAUGGCAAGAGACCGGUCAUGAACUUGGACAGGUACAUCUCGCGGAAUCCGGAAGUGUCAUUCAUCGUUUUUGCCGAGCAUCAUUGCGUGGCACGAGGCGGCCAGCUCAGUCAAUCAUCGGAGAAGCCUGAGAAGAUACGCAUUAUAUCGCCAUCUCUCUACAAAGCACUACUUAGAUGCGCACGAUUCCGUGUUUCCCGCGAUGAGACCGCUAUCGAAAUAGAAGCUCCGUACGAUUUCCUCUAUCAUCAUCGACAGGGCUUGAUUGCCAUGGCCAAGGACUCUGAUCUUGGAAAAGCCAUGUUGCCGUUGCUAGAGUUUCUGGAAAGGAACUACGCUCAGCACUACGACGGGUGCGAGAGAGUGAUUUCAGGUGGUAGGAUCACAGCGGCACAUCUGCGGAAACUUUUCCGGCCAAACCAAAUGGUGGUGUGCCGAAAGUUUGGCCAACCCUUGGAUGCCUUCGUUCUCACAGGCUAUCCUACUCUGUCGCCUAACAAAGAGAGUCUGCUAUUUGAGGGCUGGGAAUGGAUAUAUGAUGGUGCGAAAUUGAAAAGGCAACCCCGCAUGGAAGCCAUAGCUCUGCUAUCCGACGAGGAGACUGAGAUCGCCGAUCUCAGCAUCUAUCCAUUCGAAUCUGCCAGACCCGAAGACAUGCGCUUUCUCACCGAAAGAGGGAAAAAGUUCUGGGAAAUGAGGGAUAUGACUUUCGUCGCCUACACUGGGUGGAACUUUCAACGAAGCUUCAAAUACCUUCAACAUAGAUUCGUCGUUGACCACGCUACUUACCGCCUGAUUCAUGACCCCUCGAGCGAAGGCGGACGGCCGGGGGUCUACAGUCGCAUCGACUUGCAAACAGCGCACUAUCCGUACUAUCCGUGGCCUCAUAUCGGCCGAGAUGAUGAGAUCCCAACAGCGGCGGCUUCGCUUCUCCCUGCAGCGGUCUUUGGGUUUGAUAUCGGCCAGAAGAAAUGGGUCAAGCUCUUGGUAGAGAACUGUCAUGCCGCGUCUUGGAACACCAAAGCCUUUGACAGGCUUGUUCUUGACCCCAAGACAAAGGAAAUGAUUAGGGCACUUGUCGAAGUACAAAUGAAAGCCACGAGAAUGGAGGGCGUCAUAGCCGGGAAGGGGAGUGGACUUAUAAUCCUGCUACACGGAAGUCCCAGAACAGGGAAGACUUUAACGGCCGAAAGCGUUGCCGAGAUCGCGAAGAAGCCGUUAUACCGAGUCACUUGCGGAGAUAUUGGCACUGAUCCAGCAAAGGUUGAAAAGUAUCUUGAGACGGUCCUCUAUCUGGGAAAAGCCUGGGACUGUGUCCUCCUGCUUGAUGAAGCUGAUGUGUUUCUCGAGGAAAGAACCAUGGCGGACUUGCAGCGAAAUUCUCUUGUAUCCAUCUUCCUGCGCGUACUCGAGUACUACGAGGGCAUCCUCAUCCUCACCUCGAACCGGGUCGGGUCCUUCGACGAGGCUUUCAAGUCCCGGAUCCAGGUGGCGAUCCACUACGGCCAGCUGACCAAAAAGUCCCGCAAGGCCAUCUGGCGCAACUUCUUCGACAUGAUGGAGGAGUCGGACGACGAGGACGUCAACAUGGCCGAGCUCGAGCGGCGGCUGGACGAGCUGGCGGCCGAGGAGAUGAACGGGCGGCAGAUCCGGAACGCGCUCCUGACGGCGCGGCAACUGGCCAAGCACCGGCAGGGGCGACUCGACUGGGAGCACCUGAGCCAGGUCAUCAAGACGGCGGUCACGUUCAAUAAGUACAUCAAGACGUUGCGGGGGCACAGCGACGAGCAGUGGGCGCGCGAGGAGAGGCUGAGGUAG